UGGUGAAGAAAAAUGACAAUCAACCCUGUUAAAUUGAGAAUAAAUAAAGGUGAUGAAAAGACAGAGAUUCACUGAGUUUGUUGAUUGUCAGUGGUUUUACAUUAAAGAAGAAAAUCACGCCAAAUGCAUCCUUUGGGAAGGACUUCAACUUUGAGAUUACUGAUCUUCAUCCUACUCAUGGUGUCUGCUUCGUCUAUGGAUGGAAAGCAGAACCAUACAAAAGUUCCUACAGAAGGUAACACUUCCCUGACUGUGUUGGAGGACACAAAGGCUGUGCUCCCCUGCCCUCCUGUACCAUUGACAAAUGUGGUUGUAACAACAUGGAAAAUAAUGUUCAGAGACAAGCCUUCCUGCAUCAAAGCCUACAGGAGAAAUGAGAAAGGAGGGGGAAAUAUGACCACAAACUGUACUGACGAGAGAAUAACCUGGCUCUGCAGACCUGAGCAGAAUUGUUCCCUUCAGAUUGAUCCAGUGGUCAUCACGCAUGACGGGUUUUACAGGUGUGACGUGGUAACACCUGAUGGGAAUUUCCGUCAUGGAUAUCACCUCCAAGUGUUAGUGGCCCCUGAGGUGACCCUGUUUCAAAGUGAGAAUAGAACAGUGGUGUGCAAGGCAGUUGCAGGGAAGCCAGCUGCUCGGCUCUCCUGGACCCCAGAGGGAGACUGUGUCCCUGAGCAUAGGUACUGGGGCAAUGGCACAGUGACUGUCCAGAGCACCUGCCACUGGGCAGAGAGCAAUGUGUCUACUGUGUCCUGCUCUGUCUUCCAUGAGGCUGGCAACUGGAGUCUGUCCAUAGAGCUGAAGCAAGGUGUCGGAACCCUGGGAUUUCCAGUGUUGUCUUUACUGACCAUACUCUAUGUGAAAUCCUCUCUUUUCUUGGUUUUCCUGGUCAUUGUGGGAUUACUCUGCUUCCAGAGGAUAAAUGGUUGCAGGUAGGAACUGAAGACUGAAAAAAUAAACUCAUUAGAAAGAAAACAUCAUUGUAAAACUUUGAGUUUACAGUGUCCUGGGAAAACCUUGACACAUUCUUUGGCGCAUUUUGUUUGUUCCCUCAGCCUCUUUCCUGACAUGAAAGCUUUGUUAACAACUGAGAGCCCAGGCAAAACUGGGCAGCAUCAGAACAAGAGCUUCUGCUUUAUCAUAGUUUUUCCCUGGGAAAGAACUGUCCUAGA